AUGGAUGAGCAACAAUUUGUCGGACUCCUCGAGAGUCUGAUGACUCCCGACACUGAGCGUGUCAAGAGCGCAACUGCCUCGUUGAACAAGAACUACUACGGCAACCCUGCCUCGCUCGUAGCGCUACUUCACAUUCUGGUCUCACACCAGAGCCCCAACCUCCGCCAAUUGGCCGCCAUCGAAUCCCGCAAGCUCGUUAAGAAGCACUGGCUCGACCUCCCCAACGAGCAAAAGCCUCAGAUCCGCGAACAACUCCUCCAGUCCACUCUUAGCGAGGAGCAGUCGCUCGCCCGUCACUCAAAGGCCCGCGUCAUUGCCUCGAUCGCCCAGAUCGAUCUCGCCGAUGGCCAAUGGUCUGACCUCCCCGACUUCCUCCAGAGAGCCUCGACCAGCCAGACUGCCAGCCACCGCGAAGUCGGUGUCUACAUCAUCUACACCCUGCUCGAGACCAUGCCCGACAUGUUCCAGGAGAACAUGGGCGCCAUGCUCCAGCUCUUCACAAAGACCAUCCAAGAUCCCGAGAACGCAGAAGUCAGAAUCAACACAAUGCUUGCUCUUUCCGAGAUUUGCAUGGUUCUGGACACCGAUGAGGACCCUCAGUCGCUCAAGGCUUUCCAAGACACCAUUCCCCACAUGGUUCGCGUCCUUCAGCAGGCUGUCAACGACGGUGAGGAGGACCGCGCCAUGCAGGCCUUCGAGGUCUUCAACAAGCUUCUCAGCUACGAGUCCGCUUUCUUGAACGCCCACUUUGGCGACCUUAUGCAGUUCAUGAUGCAGCUUUCGGCCAACACCGAUGUCGAUGACGACUCGCGUUCGCAGGCUUUGUCUUUCCUCAUGCAGGCUGUCCGAUACCGCAAGCUCAAGGUCCAAGGUCUGCGCAUUGGUGAGCAGCUCACCACCACUUCUCUCCAGAUCGUCACCGAGCUUGGUGAGCUUUCCGCCGAGGACGAGGACAUCACUCCUGCUCGCUCUGCUCUUGGUCUUCUCGACAUCCUUUCCGAGAACCUUCCUCCUAGCCAAGUCGCCGUUCCUCUCCUCCGCGCCAUUGGUCCCUUUGUCCAGAACCCCAACCCCGACUACCGUCGCGCCGGUAUUCUCGCGCUCGGUAUGUGUGUUGAGGGCGCUCCCGACUUCAUCAGCACUCAGCUUGGCGAGAUUCUUCCUAUGGUUCUUCACUUGCUCGAGGAUCCCGAGGUUCGUGUCCGUUCGGCUGCCCUGAACGGUGUCGCUAGACUUGCCGAUGAUCUUGCCGAGGAGAUGGGCAAGGAGCAUGCUCGUUUGAUCCCAGCUCUCGUCAAGAACUUCGACCUCGCUAUGCAACAGCUCACUGGUCCUGCUGGUGACGAGAACCUGGCCAUCAUCAAGCAGAGCUGCAUGGCCAUUGACUCGAUGAUCGAGGGUCUUGACAAGGAGGAUGCCUCCAGAUACGUCGGUGAGCUCAUCCCCAGACUCAGCCCUCUGUUCCGUCACUCGGACAUCAAGGUCCAGAUCUCGGCUAUCGGUGCCACAGGUUCCAUCGCCUCCGCCAGUGAGGAAGCUUUCAUGCCUUAUUUCGAGAGCACCAUGCAGAUCCUCGGCCAGUUCGUUGGUCUCAAGGACUCUGAGGACGAGCUUGAGCUCCGUGGUGUCGUAUGCGACUCCCUGGGCAAGAUUGCCUCUGCUGUCGGCGCCGAUGCCUUCCAGCCUUACGUCACUCCUCUUAUGCAGGCAUCCGAGGAGGCCCUCCACCUCGAUCACCCUAGACUCCGCGAGACCAGCUACAUCCUCUGGAGCACCAUGUCCAAGGUCUACGAUGACAAGUUUGCUCCCUACCUGGAUGGUGUUGUCAAGGGCCUGAUUGAGUGCCUUCAGCAAGACGAGAGCGAGGAUGGUGUUACCCUUGGUGAGGAGGCUAGAGAGCUUCUUGGACAGGAAGUCACUAUCGCUGGAAAGAAGGUCAAGAUUGCCGACAUUGGCGCUGGUGACGACGACGACACAACCAUUGAUGUCGACGACGAGGAUGACGAGGACGACUGGGAUGACCUUGGUGCUGUCACUGCCGUCGCUAUGGAGAAGGAGAUCGCUGUCGAGGUUAUCGGCGACGUUCUCACACACACUCGUGGCCACUUCCUCCCUUACUUCCAGCAGUGCGUUGAGGCUGUCAUGUCUCUCGUCGACCACACCUUCGAGGGUGUACGCAGAUCCGCCAUUGGCACUCUCUGGAGAGGCUACGCCGCUCUCUGGGCCAUGGCCGAGAAUGGUGGCAUGGCCAAGUGGCAGUCUGGCCUUCCCCUCAAGGUCCAGGCCACUGAGGACCUGAUGAAGCUCGGCAGCUUGAUCAUGACUGCCACUCUUGCCCUUUGGCAGGACGAAGUUGACCGUGGUACCGUCACCGACAUUCACCGUAACCUCGCCGCUACCCUCAAGCUUUGUGGACCUGCCAUUCUGACUGCCAACAUUGGCGAGAACGCCUCUCCCCCAGUCCAGCAGAUUGUUGAGAUGAUUCUCCAGAUCUUGCAAAAGAAGCACAUCUGCCAACAAGACCUCGACGGUGAGGAUGAGUUCGACCAGGAGUUGGAGUCAUCUGAAUACGACUGGCUGGUCAUCGAGACCGCCAUGGAGGUCAUCACCUGCCUUGCUGCCGCUCUUGGCGAAUCAUUCGGCGAGCUCUGGCAAAUCUUCGAGAAGCCCAUUGUCAAGUUUGUCAGUGGCCAGGAGAAGUACGAGCGCAGCGCUGCUGUCGGUACCAUCGCUGAGGCCAUCGGCAACAUGGGUGCUUCUGUUACCCCCUAUACCACCGGUCUUAUGAAGGUCCUUCUCAAGCGUCUCGGAGACGAGGACCCGGAGGUUCGUAGUAACGCCGCCUAUGGAACUGGUCUCCUUUGCGAGAAGAGUACCAACGAGAACGAGAUCACUGGCCAGUACAACACCAUUCUCGCCAAGCUCGAGCCUCUCUUGCACCAGCAGCAGGAGGCCCGCCUUCUCGACAACUCUGCUGGUUGUGUUGCUCGUAUGAUCAGAAGACACCCCAACAACGUUCCUCUCAACGAUGUUCUCCCUGUCCUGAUCCAGCUCCUUCCCCUCAGAGAGGACUACGAGGAGAACGAGGCCGUCUUUGAGAUGAUCGUCGCUCUCUACCAACAACAGAACCCUGCCAUCCAGGGCCUCACUGGGUCCAUCCUGCCCGUUCUGCAGAAAGUGCUGAGCCCCCCUGAGGAGCAGCUCAGCGACGAGACUCGCCAAAAGGUCAUGCAGUUGGCACAGUACCUCCAGUCGCAAUAG